AUGGCCAGGAGAUUCGAGGACCACAAAGAACGGUCUCGACUUGACCUUCAGGCUGUGAAAAGUGAAAAUGCACAACUCGACUUUCGUCUGGAGGGUCUGACUGUCCAACACGCCGAUUCGCUUAAUUUAAUCAGCACACACCAGGGGAUGCUGAACACACGUGUGAUCAGGGAAAUAGGUGGAGUGGUGUCCUCCACUUUAGACCACAUCACUCAAAAGUGGACACAACUGGACUUGCAGUACAAGCAAGUGUCCCUUCAGUUGCAGAAUACACGCGAGGAAGUUAUUCUUGUCCAUUCUCAACUGGACACAGCUGCAACCGAAAUUCUGACCCAACGCGACUUGAUUUCGGAACUUGAGAAUGCUUUGGAGACACAGAAACAAUUUUGUGCCAAUCAGAAGGACAAUAUUAAUUCACUGCUUGUAAAUCAUGAGGAAGAGACACUCAGAUUGAGAGAACAGUCUGCCUCACUCCAAUCCAGACUGGAUGACACUCUCCUCAGGUUGGAGACUCGAGAAAACGAGAGUGGAGUGUUGAUGACCCGAUUGGAGGAAAGUAGAGCGGAGAUACAAAAAGUGACAAAUCAAGUCGACCAGCUGAGUCACCAACUCAACAUUACUUCCCAAAAGGUGGAACAGAAAUCUGAAGAGAAUGACAAUUUGCAAAGACUGUUGGGACUUGGAAAAGCAGAGGUGGAGACUGUGUCUUCUCAAUUGCUAUCAAACAAGAAAAAACUACGAAAAUGUCAGAAAGACCUGUCAAGCCAGAAUAAAAUGACCCAAGAAUUGACUUUGGCGCUGGAAACUUCAAAAAAUGAGAUUGGACAGAUACUUCAGGACCUCAGCCAUGCACAGGCAGAACUCGAGAAGAGCACUGCCAGGGUGGUCGAGCAGACAAUCAGAGGGGAAGCAUUAGAAGCAUCACUGGAGACGUCCAAUACUGAGAAGCAAUCAUUGACAGAUCAACUCAGUUCACUCAGAGAUGAGUUGGGAAUGAUUAACGAUCUUUUGAAUGAGCAAAGACUCUCAAACAAGGAAAUGUCCACUUUGAGAGAAUCAGAGCGAUUGGAUGCCCAGUCCGUACAACGAGAGUGUCAAAAGCUCACCAAAUUGGUUCAAAAAACGGAAGCGACUGUCGAAAGUGUAACUUUGGCGAACCAACAACUUCAAUUGGUGGUGGAUACUCAAGUCAAUGAACUGCAUGAGAAAGAGGAGAGAAUUGUCCAGUUCACUGAAGAGUUGGGUGGACUAAGGACAAUGAUCGACGACCAGAAAUUGACAAUAAAUGAGAUGAGGAGUAAUUGUAAUGGGAAGGAAAGGACCAUCGACGAGUUGAGCACACACAUAAACACACUCAACAGAGAUGUGGAAUUGGCCAACAGUCAAUUAUCUCAACUACAACAUGCCAAUAAAGAUUUGUUGACUCAGUUGGCCCAUUGCAAGGAAAGACUGAGUCGUGCGAAUGAACAGGUCGGAGAUCUACAAAGAGAGGGACACGCAACUGGUCUCCAAAUUGACGACCUCCGAGCUAUAAACGACAGUCAAAGAAUAGAAAUGGGACACAAAGACCAGGAAAUAUCAAUUUUGAGAUCGACGAGUAAAGGAACAACCAACGAAUGUGUUUCACUCCAAAUGGCCUUAAAAGAAAGGGAGAAGAUUAUCGAGGAAUUGCGGACUCGUGAAAAUGCAAUCAGUGAGGAACUGUCUCAACUCAAAAAUUGGAAUGCUAAGGAAAUAACCCGACUGAGGGAGACGGUGACUGACGGAAUGGUUGAAAGGGACAGUCUCCAGCACGAGAUAGACCGUCUCCGGGCGGAAAGCGCAGCAGAGAGUGCAGUCAUGACAAAAAGAGAGGAAAAGUUGGAGGAGAUGGAAGAGAUCAUUGCGGGAUUGCAGAACAGCAGGGCAGAAGUGGAGAGUGUGCGGGAUGAACUGAGGAUAUGUCAGCAGCAGUUGAGGGAGUCUCGCCAAAUGGGGGAACAGGACGCAAAGACAAUUGUCGAGUUGAAGAACGACGUGGAGAGAUGUGUGGAGGACAAUAAUUCGCUGUUGCUGGAAGUGGACACACUCAAACGUCGAAUUGAGAUGGAACACAACGAAAAAAGAGACGCAAAGUUGGUGGUGAAAACACAGCAGAAGAACUAUGUCCGUGUGGAUAACGAGCUGAGAAUGUCUCGCGAGGAGUUGGCCAAAUACGAUCGACGGAUUGAACAAAUGAGGGAGGAGAAAGACUCGGAGAUAACCAAGUUGAGAGAAAGUGAGUCAGAGACUGCCCUGGUGGUGGCUCAGUUGAGGGAGAUGACACAAAAACUGGAAGCAGAGAAGAGAGAAGCAGUCCUUCUGGCCAGUCGACACAAGGAGGAGUACAACUCUGUCCUCAGAAAGAACACAAGUAUUGAGGCAGACCUGGAGAAAGUGAAGACUCGGCAUAAUCACCUCAACCAACUCAAGCAGAAGGAGGACGAACUAGCUCUGAGGGACCAGAAGAUAGAGCAAAUGGAGAGAGGACUGCAACCGGAAAGGACUCGUCACCCCGUCUGGGAAAGCAACAUCGUUUUACCCCAAACAAGAUUUCUGGACUGGCGAGUGAGUGCACAAAACAGUCGGGAUGAAAUCCAGUCGUGUGUGGCCUACCUUCAACAGAAACGCCCUCAGUUCUACGACAAGAAAAUAGCAGAGAGAAACGCCAAGGAAAAUAUGGACAAAGUCAAAGCCGCGGCCGAAGAGGCAGCUCGAACAAAGAGAGAAGCACAAAUGCAAGAAAAGACAAUCGUGGACGAGGCAAAGGAAAGGUAA